AUGAGCUCCUUUGUGCUGUGGGAGGGGACUCCUUUCAUCCAGGUCUGCACCGGCCGGCUGCACCUGGGGUGGCUCCUGCUCCCUGGAGGCCUGAGGGAGGUGGGGGUGGUGGAGGUCUGCCACUGCAGCAUCUGCCCUGAGGGAUGGCUUGGGCUCCUGGCCCUGCAAACCUUUCAAGGAGACUCUUGGGAGAUCACAAUUCAUGUGGGGAAAUGCUCUGACCCAACCUACAGUAAUGAGCCCCAAACUCCCAGCUGGGACCCUGACACACAGAACGGCCUUUUGGUGCCCAGUGGCUGCUGGAUGCCUAAAGCUGGGUGCUCUAUGCUGCUGCUGCAGGAAACUCAGGUGCAGCUCCAGUUUAAUUUUCCAUCUUGUUUCCUUGCAGAUGGACUUUUCUGUGUGCCCACAAAAUUCAGCACUGCUCUGGUUAAAAACCCACGUGGGGAGAUGGUUCAGACCCCGGAGAACUGGGAAAUGAAGGAAAAAUGCUAUUGUGUCUCUCAGGUGGAGUACUAUGAAAUUGUCCAGCGCUCUGCAGGACACAGGGAGGAACGGCUCAAAGAAAUCGAUGUGGGACGGUGCUUGGGCAGCUGCUCCUCAGGGGAUCCCUGCUUGCUUAGGGAGUUACAAGACGGAGAGGAAUGCCUGGUUUGGGCACAAGCAGCCCCGAGAGGCUGUGCCCCUCACGGCUCUGACAGGCUCAGGUUCCGGAGCCGCCGGGACCAAGUCCGCACCGUCGCUGCCAUCCGGGAGUGCCGGGGAGAGCGGGGCUGGAAGCUGCGGGUGGGGCUCCUGGAGACCCCGCCAGACUGUCUGUAG